AUGUUGCUCUGUUCCAAUAUUGCGUUGUUAAUUCGGAAUAAAAUUGCCUACGAAGAAAGGGAAGGAGACUUGUUAUAUGAAGAAAUAGAGUCCUACUUCUAUUUGGAAACACAGGAAGGUCAGAAAUCCUCUACGGAAAAGCCCUCAUCUUCUUCUCAUUUCACCCGAGAACAAGAACACUCCAUCAUCGUCUCGGCUCUCACGCACGUGAUCAGCGGCUGUGAUGGUGAUGAUCCCACCACUGAUCUACUACAAGCCCUCCACCAGCCUUCCGAAAGUGGCGGCACCAACUUCUUCCCGCCAAAUAAUGAAGAGGAGAAAAAACAGAUAAGUGAGAGCAAGAAGAAGUACCAAGGAGUACGGCAGAGGUCGUGGGGGAAGUGGGCUUCGGAGAUCCGAGACCCCAAGCGAACAGCCCGGGUGUGGCUUGGCACGUUCGAUACAGGGGAGGAAGCGGCGAGGGCUUACGACAAGGCCGCCAUUGAGUUCCGCGGUGCCAGAGCCAAGUUUAACUUCCCAUUGUCAGAUUAUACAGACGGAUCAAACUCAAACUCGGAACCAAACCGAGAAAAUGAAGAGCUUAAUCCGAAUGCAAUUGACAGGGAGACGCCACAAAGCUCACAGUCUAGCAACAAUGAAGCGCUCGGACCCAACUCGUCGGAGAUGAAGAGUAGCGAGAUAGAGACAAGUAAGGAAGAGAGUGAAGAGUUUUGGAAAGACCUUCCUCCACUAUAG